CAGAUCCCGUUGCACAGAGUAGGACUGAAACUUUUUAAAAGGCAACUUUUUACACACAGCAGGACUGAAAUUUCUUCUUUGCGUAACAAAGGCAAAGAAGAAACUUUUUCAACAGUAUUUCUCUGUUCUUUGGAAGACAUGAUUUUAAAUACUACUGUAUCAAACAGCAUAAACAGCACACAUGAACCCCAAGGGUGUGCUGUUAAUAACAAUGAUCUGUAUAAGUUCUACGCAGCUGUGAUGAUUGUGAUUUUUAUCUUGGCUUUGCCUCUGAACAUGUCGGUCCUCCACCUCUUCAUAUUCAAGCUCAAGUUCUGGAAAUCCAACAGCAACAACAUUUUUCUCUUCAACCUGGUGCUGGCAGACAUUCUGCUGCUGAUCUGUUUGCCAAUCAAGGCUCAUAACUUCAUUAAUGGAAAUAGGAGGAACCGGAUUGACCCCAUCUGCAAAACGAUGCUGUUUAUGCUGUUUUUAAAUCGUGGCGCCAGCAUCGCCUUCCUAACUGUGACCUCGAUAGAUCGCUAUUACAACGUGGUGCACCCAGGCAGGAAAAACCUCAUGAAGGCUCUGAAGAAAUCUCCCUACAUCUCGAUCUUCAUCUGGGUGUUGCUUCUGCCUCUCACCAUUCCCACCAUGAUGAAGGACUUUGAAUGCUGCAACAGCCUGGACAACGAUAAAAAUAUGAGGGAAAAUAAGACUUGGUGGGAGUCUGCAGACAUAGCCAGAGAGGUGGUUUUCUUCACCCAGAUCAUCAUCCCCUUCAUCAUCCUGGUCUACUGCACCGUUCGCAUCAUCAAUCGAUUGAAGAAGAAAACUGUUGGAGAUAAGACGAAGCUAAAGAGAGCGGUCCUCCUCGUGACCACCGUCAUGGUUGUUUUCUCCUUCUGUUUUCUGCCGUGCACCAUCGCCAGGAUGGUGCUGCUGAUCUUUAGGGUCAAUCCAGAGCUGGAAAAGUAUGAGAAAACUGCAGAAGUGGUAUUUGAUGGCCUCAUGGUCCUCUCGUUCCUGGACUGUCUGCUGGAUCCGCUGGUUUACUGCUUCUGUAGCACCAAGUUUAAAGCACUUUAUGUCUCCAAUUACUUAUCUUUUUGCAUAAAAGGAACCCCGAAGCCAAUCAACAGUUCAACGGAAAACACAACACAACCACCGCGCAACAAAGUCAUUUAAAAACAGUGACUUCAAUUUCUGCUGGAUGUUUAUGAGCCGAUAGUUGCUGUGCAACAACCAGACUGCCUCAGAUAUGAGUCCCAAGAGAGGCUUUACCUUAAAUCAUGCUAUGAAGAUAAAAAAAUUUAAGGAAUAUUUGAAUUAAUUUUAUAUCUUAGAUGUAAGAAGUGCUAAUGUGGUUGUAAUUCUAGAUUUAAAGCUUCCACUGAUGUUGACUUACAAAGUUCAGUAAGAUUUUUUUAUUCUUUUUAUGUUGUGUUAAGAAAGCUGUUGCCAGAACGUUUUCAAGGGAGAAGCGAGAAAAGUAUGCACAUCUGUUUUUCUUUUUUUCUUGGACUGUGAGAUGAGUUACAAAACUCCUUCCUGCUAGAGGAAUCAUCUGUUCAAAUCUGUAGCAGAAAAUAUUGAGGGAAUAUUUUUAUUCUGAAAAUCUAAAUGCAAGGGUGCUUUGAGUAGCAAACCAUACUUAUGCAAAGUGGGUGUAGCGACUGUUUUAGUAGCUGAAGAAAAGUAACUUUGUAAUCCAAGUUAAGUUUGUUAUUUACCUGUCUUUCUGACAUUUACAUUCGUCUUUGUGAGAUUUGAAGGUUAUUUUGUGUCAUUUGCUGGAAUCUGCUUUAUUUUUUUUCAGAUUUUAACAUAAGCACAAAUAGAAACUUCCCUGAUUUACAUCAGAAGUAAUGACUCUUCCUUCUUACCUAGAAAGGUGACAAAUCCACCUGAGCCCACCUGAAUGAACUCCAUCAUUUUAAUGACAUAGUUUUGGUAAUACAGGUAAGAAAGGAUGAGUAAAUUGCUCUGUGUAUAUUUAAAAAUAUAGACUAAAACUCCUAGAUAAUCUGUAAUCUGCUGCGUCUGACAUCCAUGAGUCACAGCCUUUAUGGAAUAUUACCCAACUGUCUUCCCAGGAUAAACUUUCAACCUCCAUGGCGAAACAUGAAUCAACCAGCAACGGUUUUAAUUACCUAAAUGUCACAGCUGCACUCUUAGAGUGGGGAACUAUAAAAAGAGUAAAUAUUGACUAAGAAUUGGACAGUUUCUCAUAACAGUUUAUGUGAUACUAUUCCAAGGUUUACUAGCACAUAAAAUGACAACAUCCUUGGAGGCAAGUCUCAUUUAUUUGCUCACUUCUCUCAAAUUUCACCUCUUUACUGUGAUAAUAAUGUGUUUUUUUGUAAGAAUAUGUCUUUAUGUGUCUAAAAUAAACUGUUAAAUGUAUUCUGGGUUGAGUCUGUAGUGAAAACUAAUCCCAUGUCACCAUAUUGCCACCACUGUGUUUGACUGCAGUAUAUUUCCCUGUUUUUGGACCAAACAAACCUUUAGCAACUGUGGCCUGAAAGGUAAAUGUUGUGCUUUCUCAGCGUAAUCUGUCAUUGUUUUUAUCACAUCGUAAAAUGAACAGUAAAUGUCUUCUGCACUGAUAUGUGACAAACACUUGGACGUCAUGCACCCAAAAAUUACUUCUGUUUACAAGAGGCAUUGUGUAAAUACUUCUGUGCUGUAAAUAAAAGGUGUAGGGUGUGAUUUUUGUAAUAUAUUGUUGUUAUAUUUAAUUUCUACCCUCCUUUAUGCAAACA